CAACACCCCGAAAGACUGCCGGCGCCGUCCCGGGCCGGCUAUUAUAUGGAAACUCAUUAAUCCUUUCUGGAUUCGAAAAGAUGUCUACGUUACUAGGCCCUCCUUUGAUUUUGUACGUCAGGUCUAAACACCAUCACCUUCGCGAACCCGAUCUCGCUUCCUGGACGACAAUUCAUGCGAACGUUCAUCCAUUCUUCUUGAUACAGUACACAACCCUUUCUUGCACAAUGGCUGAUCACGACCCACAAUCCGAUCCCGAUUCCGAUUCCCCCGCUCCAACCCUCUAUACCCCCGCCAACCUCCCCCCGAUCAUGGCCUCAUACAAUACCGAAGGUUGGGGCUCCCGCAUGAUCUUCCGUCUAACACUCCGCGCUCCAUUCCUUCCCGUCCAUAUCGCGCCUGGGACGAGGUAUGAAUUACAUCUGGGGCUGUGUAAUGAGAUGAGUUUGUUUUUGAGGAACGUAAUGGAGGGUAAGGGGGUAGGCGUUAAGAUUGAAGCGUGGCCUAAAGAUAGUGAGGCGGAAGUGAAGUUGGAAGAUGUAGACGGCUAUGUUUGUGGGUAUGAGGGACUUCGUUGGCCCGGGUUCAACGGAGGUGGGAGGGGUGGUUGUGUCUUCUCGGCGCAACGUACAUCCAAAUCUCAGGGUGAAGAGGAAGAUGACAAAGACUUCUACAUCAAAGUCUCUGCCGUCAGAAGUCCGCAGAUGGAAGCACAUGGGGUACAGGACGCGGAAUUGAUGAUCGUCCCGCUCGUCGCUGGUCCAUUUCGAUUGACACCGAAGCCCGUACCCGAAGACUCGUAUGAGAUCGUGCAUACGCAACGGAUUCUCCAGUUCCCUGAUGGUACGGAGGGAGGUGCGCUUGUGCGGGAAAGCCCCGAAAGUGGAAUCGUCGGGAAGAUCUGGGAUUCGUCGUUCUUCACAGCUGCCGCGGCAUGGAGGGAGUUUACCAAUUGGCUGAAUCACGCAUCAACCGAGGGACCGAAGCGGAAGUUUAGGGUGCUGGAUCUAAGUUGUGGCACGGGCGCCGUUGGUGUUUGGAUGGCUGCUGCAGCAGCGAAGGCUGGGCUCGCUCAUUUUCUGGAAGUUGUGUUGACGGAUUUGGAGGAAGGGUUGGCGACUAUUGAGGAGAACGUCGAGCUGAACCGGAGUGGAAACGGCGUGAAGAUGAGCGUGCAGGAGUUGUUUUGGGGAAAGAAGGAGGACGUGGAGAGAGUUGGAGACGUGAGUUUGGUGUUGGCAUGUGAUCUGGUGUACGAAGCAGAGUUCUUCGCACCACUCCUCGAAACCCUGGAUUGGCUAUGCAUACCCAACAAAACCGUGAUCUUGCUCGGCUACAAACAGCGUGGACUUACAAUUGAGGAAAGAACCUCAAUGUGGAACCAGUUUCAGGAGAGGUUUACGAUGAGACGAGAAGAGCACGUUAUGACGGCUGGAAUUGGAGGAUUUGGGGAUAUCGAUUCGGAAGAUGUAGGGUGCGAGAUUUAUCGGAUUACGUCACCCAACAGAAUCGAGGAAAUCGGAUCGGGGAUGGUCAACGUGAAUGACCACGAAGAUGUGCGGGCUUCCAAUGGAGACGAAGUCAUGGAGACAUAAACGCAGUCGCAGGGUGAACGGGAAGGGCACCCCAAUGGAAAGGAUUGGACUGCGCCGGAAGAGUCACACUCAAACCUCCGUUCCAUCCACCCCAUCCCGAACUCCGUGGGCUUAGCUGACAGUGGGUUCAGCAAGGCUACAAAGGUGACAUCCACCACAGCCACAAAACCGAUGACUUAUGGAGAUACGAUGCUGCACGGAAUGAGGAAGGUAUUGCGGAUUUUGAAGGAGACUCAUGUGCCUACUGAUGAAGAUAUUGCCAAGUGGGAUAUGGAAGCGGAUGAUGCUAUGUGGAUGGAAGUGGAUCAGGAUGCUUUGAAGAAGCUUUUGUAUUGUCGGCAGGCCUG